UAGGUAAAGAGAGUUCCCUCGUAUUUUUGGGAUUAUUUAGGGAUAAUUAACCUUGUGGGUGUUUAAGCUUUUCAUGACCGGAGAAGGCGGGUCGAAGGGGCUAGAGCCCUCGACUUUAGUUGUCUACUCUGCACUGUUACGUUGAUCACAAUGUUUUCGAUUUCCCUGCGAUAAGCUUCUUGCUAUGGGAAAGUGUUUUCAAACUGGCUGUGAGAGAGAAGUUGCAGAGGCUGGAGACUCGGAUGAACGUAAGAGUGAAAGCAUUAUGAGGUUGUCAUGGGCUCUUGUCCAUUCAAGACAACCAGAAGAUGUGCAGCGUGGGAUGGCAAUGCUCGAAGCUUCCUUGGCCAACACUAGCAGCCCUUUGCAGCAGAGGGAGAAGCUCUAUCUCUUGGCUGUUGGUUAUUACAGAAGUGGUGAUUGUUCGAGGAGUCGGCAGCUUGUGGAGCAAUGCUUAGAGAUUGCACCUGAUUGGAGGCAGGCUCAGACUCUUAAGAAGACAAUCGAAGAUAAAAUUGCUAAAGAUGGUGUUAUUGGAAUAGGCAUCACAGCCACCGCUGUUGGGCUUAUUGUUGGUGGAAUUGCUGCAGCAUUAGCUCGCAAGAACUGAGAAACGAUCCAAUUAAAAUAAUGUGAUUUUGAAUAUAGUUCUUCAAUAGCAUUUUGAUUGUUUUGAGAAAGCCGAGAUGUCAGACAACUCGUAUCUUAAGAAUUGAUCCACAUCUUAAGUUGAAUGUUUUGAGUUUUCGACAUAAGGAAUGUAUAAAUGGCUCUAUAUUCAGAACGAUUACCAAAUUAGGACUCCAUGCAUGUUAUGGAGGAAGGCUUUUUUGAAUAAUAACUGGUUUCUGGGUAUGGCAUAUAGAAACCAUACUAUCUUUCAUGUGCCCUGUAGGCUGGCGUAUAGAUGUAUACAGUAUUAUUACGGUACCAUUGUAACUGUAUUGGAACCAUUGUGAAUGGAAAAUUCAAAAUGUUACCA